GGUGCUAUGAUGUCAAUAGCUUAUAAGGAAGGACUAAAGGUGGAGCCAGAAGCAAUCAAUGACAUCAUUGUUUCCUCUAAUCAAGAUAUUAGACAGGUCCUCCAUAACAUGUCACUGUGGAGUUGUAAAGAAAAGAAAUUAGGUGUAGAACAGACUAAGUCAGACACAGGAAAGGGAACAAAGGACAUCAAACUGGGUCCGUUUGAAGCACUUCGUAGAAUCUUUUCUGCAGAAGAAACCAAAAACAUGAACAUCCAUGACAAAAGCAAUUUGUUUUUCCAAGACUACUCAUUGGUGCCCUUGUUUGUUCAGGAGAACUAUCUUCAGGUGAAACCCCUGGGAGCAAAAGGAGAUAUCAAGAAACAUCUCCACUUAGUGAGUGAGACAGCAAACAGUCUCUGUGAUGGAGACCUUAUUGAAAAACUGAUUCGGAGAGAAGGAAACUGGAGUUUACUUCCAGUGGAGGCUAUCUUUGCCUCGGUAAUCCCUGGAGAUUUAAUGAAAGGUUUCCUGACCCAGAUGAUCAGCUUUCCAUCAUGGUUAGGGAAAAACUCAUCACGCAACAAGAUGGAUCGAUUGCUCCAGGAGCUUCAGACUCACAUGAGAGUGAGAGUAUCGGCUAACAAAAUGGGAGUGAAUUUAGACUAUCUUGAUUCAUUGAAAGAUUCUUUAACUCGUCCAUUAAUUGAGAAGGAAACAGAGGGAGUACGAGAAGUGCUGAAUGUUCUUGAGUUUUAUUGUUUGUUAAAAGAAGAUGUUGAAAACGUUAUGGAGCUCUCAACUUGGUCAGGGCAGAAAGAUCCCAUGUCUAAAGUUAGCCCAAAGGUGAAAGCCGCCUUUACCCGAACAUACAAUAAAGAAGGUAUAAAAACACCUUACGCUGUCACUCAAACAAAGAAAUCCAAAAGGGGAGCAGUGAAGAUGGACUCUGAUCUUCUGACUGAAGAAAACGAUGAUCAAAUGGUGAAGGAUGAAGGAGAAAGUGAAGAUAAUGACGAUGAUGUCACCUCUGAUGCUAUGGUUAAAGUUAAGAAACAUAAUAAACAGGGUACAAAGGAAGAUAAGCCAUCCACUUCAAAAGGCAAAGGAAGAGGGAAGACUACUGGUCGUGGAAGAGGUAGAGAAAAAUAGGGACUCAGAUAAUGGGACUUCAUUCUUUGUUUCACACACAACAGAACUACAAUGAUCCUUUUUUUUUCUAACAUUCAACCAUAAGAGAAAUGUUCAGAAAUUUAUACAGAAUACGUAGUUAAUAACUUCUUGGAUUUAUAUAACUAUAGCGUAUCUUUCUCCAGAAACAAUUUCAAUACAUUGUUUUGGAUGUGGAUAUUGUCUUUCACAUUUAAGAUUCUAAUUCAUUGUUUAGCAUUCACUUGACAGAUUUUUUCUCUUUUAUAAGUUGUUGUUGUAAUUAUUUUCUAUUAAUUACAGUUUUUGGAAAAUCACAAGAAGGUUGUUUCAUUUAGAAGUAGUGAGUAUAAUGGAACAAAGGCAAUGAUUUAUGAGAUGUAUGUGUGCAUGUUUUUAAAUUGAGAACCAGAAGAACCUGUUCAUUAAGCAUGAGAUGUGUGAAAAUGUUGAAUAUAUAUGUAAUAAACAUUUAUACAAACAA